AUGCUCCAAGCUGACUGCCUCCAUGAAAGGCAGACCGGGGAUGCCAGGCACUUAGACAAGGGGCUGGUUGUUCGGUUGCGCUUGUAUGUUAUGAAAACUACAUCUCGCGUUGAUAAAUAUGCUUCAGAACGCCCAGAUGGUUAUAAUCUGGAGAAUGCCAAAAGGACAAUCUACAGUCAUCUAAAAGGUUAUCUUGACAGAACGUCCCUUGACAUGAUAGAACGUGAAGCAAGAGGAGACGGUGUGAAAGCUUUGGAAGUGCUACGAAAGUAUUACAUGAGAGAAACAAACCACAGGUUAUAUGCAUUAUGGGGGUCAUUUAUAAACAAAAGACUGGAAGAUGGCAGUGUUACAGAGUAUCUGUCGUCCAUAGAAGAGAUAGUAGCAGCACUAAGAGAAUCAGGUGAGAGUGUUAGUGAUCGUCUCUUGGUGACAAGUACACUGAAAGGACUUCCACCUAAGUACAAGAAUUUUGUAGAAGUGGCUUAUCAACGUGACCCUCCAUAUGAUUACAUUGGAUUAAAGACAGCUUUAUUAAGUCAUGAAGAUAGCCUCAGAGAAAAUUCUGAUACAGAAAGAGUAAUGGUUGCCCAUGGCAAAAGCACAGUUAAACAGAAGAGAUGCUUUAAGUGUGGUGAACCAGGCCAUUUUGCAUUUAAAUGCUAUAAAGGUGGUGAGUUUAAAAGAGUAAACAAACCUCAGAAUAAUAAGAAAUGGUGUGAACUUCAUCAGUCACGAACUCACAAUACUAGUGAAUGCAGAGCGAAGAACCUCAGGAAGAGUAAUAACUCAGUAAAUUCUGCAAAUGACACAAGCGAAGAACAAAACUAUGAAUACUCUUUCCAUGUAACACACUCAUCAAGGUUACGACCUGUUGAAGGGACCUCAGAGUUGUGUGACAUUGGAAAACAGAAUAUAUCAAGCUUAGAAGCAGAAGAAAAUUUACUCAUGAUUGACAGUGGUUGCACUUCACACAUAGAGAUAAAUGAACCAAAAUUUGUGAGAUUUCAAGAGUCUUUUGAUCCACAAAACCAUUACAUAGAGCUGGCAGAUGGCCAAAGGCAGCAAGGAACUGUACAAGGAGUUGGUGAUGUCAAGGACUUUAUCCAAGAUCGAGAAGGCAACUCAAGAAGUAUUGUGUUAAAAGAUGCACUAUACAUACCAGGAUUUAAACAAGACAUCAUGUCAGUAUGGAAAGCCAUUAAGAGUGGACACAGCAUUACUUUUUCACCUAAUGGCAGCUCACUAACUACCAAGGAUGGCAGGAUAUUCGACAUUAUAGAGAAAAACAAAUUGUUCUACUUAGUAGAGAGGAAUGGCAUAAAAUCUAGGGCAGAUGUGCAAAAACUUGAAGCAACUGUUGAUGGGAUGCACAUAUUGAGUAAAGAGAAGUUUAGCUGUACCACAUGUGUUCUUGGUAAGAUGACACAAAAUAAGGGUGAUAUAGUACAUGUAAUGAAGAGGUAUCUUGCAGAAACAGGACCAUAUGGCAAUAUAAAAAGACUAAGAUGUGACCAUGGAACAGAAUUUACAAAUCAGGAAUUUAGAAUACUCCUUAUAGAGAAUAAGAUUAAACAAGAAUUUUCUGCACCCUACUCUCCACAUCAAAAUGGAACAGUUGAGAGAUCACGCAAAUCAGUUUUUGACAUGGCUUGA